AUGUUCACAGGCAUUGUCGAGAUAAUAGGAGUCGUCUCCGAACUCAACCAGCAAUCCGAAGAUGGAGGCACAACUCUCACUAUCUCCAACGCCUCCGACAUUCUCGGUGACUGCAACCUCGGCGACAGUAUCAGCGUCAACGGCACAUGCCUGACCGUAACCUCAUUCGAUAAAUCCUCCUUCAAAGUCGGGGUCGCACCCGAAACGUUACGGCGGACGAAUCUUGGAUCCCUCAAACAGGGCAGCAAUGUCAAUCUUGAGCGCGCGGUCUCGGCAAGCACAAGGAUGGGAGGUCAUUUCGUGCAAGGACAUGUAGACACCGUUGCGUCGAUAUUGAAAGUCGAGCCAGAUGGAAAUGCGAAGACGUUCAGGUUUCAGCCAAGGGAUAAGAGCGUGCUAAGAUAUAUUGUGGAGAAGGGGUAUGUGACGCUGGAUGGGGCGAGCUUGACGAUAACAAAGGUGGAUGAUGAGGAAGGGUGGUGGGAGGUUAUGUUGAUUGCGUAUACACAGGAGAAGGUCGUCACAGCGAGCAAGAAACCUGGGGAUGAGGUCAAUGUAGAGGUGGAUCAGAUUGGGAAGUAUGUUGAGAAGGCAGUGGAGGGGUACUUCUCAAAGGGGAGCAGUGGAGAACCUGCCAUCUUGCAGAAGAUGGUGGAGCGGAUCGUGGACUCGAGAAUUCAGGCAGCAAAGUAAUGAAGCUAUGUUACUCUUCCUCUAUUCCUCUAUUCCUCCCUUCAAGACUGAACUUUUAUUCUUGAAUGUGGCCAUCACGGGUGGAACAGGUCAAACAGGCUUGUGAUACAACUAUUGCAUUGCCGCUAGCAAGUCCCUAAUCCAAGAAAGCGCCUCGCUUAUCCUACUAUGUCGAGAUGAAUACUAGUCCUCCAGCUUAUGAGUCCAUUCCC